UCAAGAAGAAACCCACGAAUUUCUUAGCCAGCUCCUUAACUAUCAACAUUUUUCGUUCCAAUUGAAGCAAAGCCUUUGCUGCAUCUUCUUCUACCUCCUAGUUAGCCUCACGUGACAAUUUCGUCUGGUUUUUGGUCUGCCAACACAUCAGAUACUGUUCAUCUUUCUUAAUUACUCUCCCCAAGAAGCAUUGAUUUCAUCAAGUACUCUUCAAUUUGAUGUUGUUUGGGUCUCUCUUGUUGCAGCCUCCAAUGAAAAUUUCAUUCUUUUCAUGGCUUUUCUUGAUACCCAUAUGUUCACUUCUCCUCCAGUACUUUUGUAUCUUUAUGGCGUCUGGUCAAUAUCUUGGCGAUCAGCAAUCGUUGAUGCUUCAAUUGAAGAACAGCCUCCUAUUCGACAGUGAUCGGUCCACAAAACUGGCGCACUGGAGUCAAAGUAAGGAUUGCUGUUUGUGGGAAGGUGUAACCUGCAGGGAGGGGCAUGUUAUUGGUCUCGACCUUAGCCGUGAAUCCAUCUCGGGUACACUUGACAAUGUCAGUAGCCUCCUCUUCAGUCUUCAAUAUCUCCAAUCUCUUGACUUAAGUUCUAAUUCACUAAAAGGAAGUAUUCCAAUUUCUCUGUUUUCUGUUCCAUCAUUGCUAGAAUUACAACUUUCCAAUAACCAAUUUUCUGGUCAACUCAAAGAAUUCCCCAACGUUUCUUUUACCAUGUUGGACACCCUAGAUUUGAGUAGCAACAAGUUGGAAGGGCCGAUACCCAUGUCUGUUUUUGAACUCAAAGGUCUUAAGAUCCUCUCACUUUCUUCAAACAACUUUAGCGGCUCCUUGGAGUUUAAUGUGAUUCAAAAGUUGACAAGUCUUUCAUAUCUUGAUCUUUCAUACAACAGCUUAUUGAUUGAAUAUGAUGAAACUACUCCUUUAUCCACCCUUCCCUGGUUAUGGACAUUAAACUUGGCUUCUAACAAGUUGAAAAUGUUCCCUGAUUUCUUGAGAAACCAAUCUGAAUUGAUUCAUCUAGACCUUUCUCACACCGAGAUUCAUGGAGAGAUACCAAGUUGGAUAUGGGGACUUCGUAAACUUUACUCAUUGAAUCUUUCUUACAACUAUCUGGAGACUCUAGAUUUGCCUUUACUCAACAUGUCUUCUGUGAGUAUCCUAGACCUUCACUCCAACCUGCUCCAAGGGCAGCUCUCGGUUGUCCCAUCACAUGCUAUAUACUUGGAUUUCUCAGGGAAUAACUUCAGCUCUGUCAUACCAGCUAGCAUUGGUAACUCCCUUACUUAUGCUUAUUUUUUCUCUCUUUCGAGUAACAAAUUCUAUGGGAGUAUUCCUGGAUCAAUAUGCAAUGCUUCAAAUCUUCUUGCUCUAGAUUUGUCUGAUAAUUUAUUGAGUGGCACGGUUCCACAAUGCUUGAUUGAGAUGAGUAACACUCUAGGGGUGCUGAAUCUAAGGAGAAACAAUCUCACCGGCACAAUUUCUAAUAGGUUUCCAAGCGAUUGUGGCUUAGAAACUUUAAAUCUUAAUGGAAACCAACUAGAAGGAAAGCUACCGAAUUCUCUAGCCAAUUGCACAUCUUUGAAACUUUUAGACCUUGGGCACAACCAAUUCGAGGAUACCUUCCCUUGUUACUUGAACGACAUAUCCAUGUUGCAAGUCCUUGUUCUGCGAUCUAACAAAUUUUACGGGCCCAUUGAUUGUCUAGAUCCUAAUACCACCUGGUCCAUGCUUCAAAUUUUAGACCUAGCUUCAAAUAAUUUUGUUGCUAAGUUUCCAAUAAGAUACUUUUCUAGCUGGAAGGCAAUGAUGGGAAAUGAAAAUAAGACUCGGUCUCAACUUAAGCAACUCCAAUUUGAAGGUUUGCCUUUGGAUGUUUAUUAUCAAAAUACGGCUACAGUUACUGCCAAAGGUUUACAGAUGGAGCUGGUGAAGAUCCUAACUAUCUUCACCUCACUUGACUUCUCAUGUAACAGUUUUUACGGGCCUAUACGUGGAGAAAUAGGUGAAUUCAAUUCACUAUAUGUCCUCAACUUGUCUCAUAAUGCUUUCACAGGCCAAAUCCCACAAUCUUUAGGAAAUUUGAGUAAUCUUGAGUCACUAGACUUGUCAAGCAACAAGCUUACAGGUGAGAUUCCAUUCCAACUUGCAGAAGGUCUUACUUUUCUAUCGGUCCUUAACCUUUCGUUCAAUCAACUGGAGGGAAAGAUUCCAUGGAACAAACAAUUUGGUACAUUCUUGGAAACUUCCUAUGAAGGGAACAUAGGAUUAUGUGGCUUUCCUUUGAAAGAAAAAUGCAUGAAUGAAGAGCCCGGAUCUCCACCUCCAAAAUCUCAAAAAACUCCUUCGAAUUCUGAGAAUACAAUUGACUGGAACUUCUUAAGUGCUGAACUGGGAUUUAUUUUUGGCAUUGGGAUUGUUAUUGGGCCUCUUAUGUUUUGGAAGAGGUGGAGGAUAUGCUACUACAAACAUGCUGAUGAUAUCAUUUUCAAAAUGUUCCCUCAGUUUUAUAUUAAAAUGGAAAAUCGCCUAAGACGAGGACACAGGAAUCAAGGACGGCGGGCACAGAGGAAUCAAGGACGAAGGCAUUAGUGAUAGAUAUGAGAAGCAAUAUGGUCAGAUCUGCAGGUGAUUUAUGAGACGCCUACGGGAUGUGGAAGCAAAACUGAGCCAUGCUGUCACACUUGCCUUGAUCACUUUUUUAUGUUUGUAUUCACCUUUUAUUGUAAGAUUUGUAUUAAAUGAACCUAUUUUCAUAUAAGACUAAAUUUACAUUUUUAUUUUUUUUAUUCCUUUUUGUUCUUUUGAAGUUUUCAUUGGAUUAUAUCUAUAUUCUUAAUUGAGGACUGAGAUUUUUUUAUAA